UAACAGUAGUACCGUAGUUUUAAUGGAAAGAGGAAGGUGUAAUGAACCUAGUGAUGUCUUUUCGUUUGUUCUGAGAACUUUUGAAAGUGGUUGAAACUGUCGUUGAACGCUGUUACACUUGUGAAAAUUAAAAGGUGCUCUUCAUGAUAAUGAUAUAAGUUAAAAGUUCAUUAAAAUCUAAUUUAAAUAUUAUACACAAACGUAAGCAAGAUUGUACAAUGAGUAAUAAAUAUGUACAAGUAUCGCGUGUUCAUAUUUCAACGCGAUCUACGUCGAAAACUUGUGAAACCAAAGAUAAUAAAUCGCAUAACUUAUUAAAUGCACAAGUCAGCUCAUCCAACAGAACGUGUGAAACUAACCGUAGUGGGUUGGCUCUACUAGAGAGAACUGUGGAAUACAUUGUUCCACCAAAGACGUCAGAUGAUGCAAGAGGAGUCAUGGCAUUGGAUUUAUUAUUGAGAAUACCAAUCACGCGAAGACGGCAGACUAGAGCCAGUUACUUUAAUGUAUGUCAGCCGGCAUGGACGAUGGUGUUGUUGUCUAUGGUAUUGACGCUUGUCCUUAUUAACGAUAUGAACACCUACGGCAACCUACAUUACAGGCGGCGCCGAGAAGCCCUUCUGCAGGGUCUUGCUCCGUCACCCAGUGAUGAAGUACCUGUAUAUCCAACCCUGCAUGUUGAGGUGUACUAUGAAGCAUUGUGUCCCGAUAGUCGGUACUUCAUCAUGAAGCAACUCACCCCAGCGUAUGAGAAGCUUCACAAGAUCAUGCACAUUGCCCUGGUUCCCUAUGGCAAGGCAAGGACCCAGGAGAAGGAUGGGAAGUUUAUCUUUGACUGCCAGCAUGGACCAGUGGAGUGCAGGGCCAACAUGGUUCACGCAUGUGUCACGAACUUAGUUAAGGAAGAAGCCAAGCAACUAGCAAUCGUCCAUUGCAUGAUUGAUAAAAAUGAUGCACCCAUGAAGAUUGGGCAGAAGUGUGUUGAAAAGUACAGUGAGAAUUGGGAGGACGUUGAGUCAUGUGUGCUCUCAGAUAAGGGCAGCAGCAUAAUGAAGCACAUGGGUGAUAUGACCAACAAUCUCAAACCCCACGUGUCCUUCAUCCCAACCAUCACUAUUGACAGGAGUCAGGAUGAUCAGAAGCACAUCCUACAGGAUCUUCAUAAAAUUUUAUGCAAGAGAUUUAAAGGACCAAAGCAGCCAUCCUGUUAAUUGUGGGUAAAGUGCAGCUUGCAAGUUCUUAGCUUUUGGGAGAUGGAAGAGAAAGUUGUUGUCUUCUUUUUGGAAGCUUUUACUUUUGUUUCAUUCCAUAAAGUACUGUACCUGCUGUGAGCCACAGGUGAUGCCAGAUAUCACUAACUGCAAGUUUGUAUCUGAAAUUUAGUAUUUUUAAAAGUGAUGAUGAGUUAAUGUGAUACAAAUGAUGAUACAUGAUUCUCAGGCUUUUAAAAUUUAUAAUUUCUCUAAGAUUUAAGAGUUAAUAGCAACUACUUAAGCACUAUUUAUUUAAAUAGACUUUGUAUGUAUUUUGAUAACUUUGAGGAUUUUAUUGGAUAAUUGAAUAAGAGCAAAGUGUGAAAUUCUCAUAGAAUGAACUUCAUGUAUAAGAAAGAACUAUACAGUAGCGUCGGGAUAUAUAGCGAGAUAGGGUCCAAGAAUGUUUGCCAUAUACUAUAUCGCGAUAUAUAAUUCCUUGUAAUCAAUGGGGAAAAUAGGGUUAGGUUCUGGAGGCCAAUAAAAGUGACUAAACUUGACUGAACGAGUUUAUUUCUUACUAACUAAAGCACCAAUGAACACUUGACUCGGGAACACCAGACUCAGGAACACCAGACUCGGCAGCUGACGCACCAUCCCUUGAACACCAGACUUGGCAGCAGACGCCACACUGCCACCCUCACUUGACAAUCCCACACCUACAUUAACGAACAAACCAAAAAUACUAGUUACAGUAUUAAAUCUUUUCCAUUAAGCCUUCCAUUCUCUUCACUUUUUUCCACGUCACUAGCAACCCAUUUACACUCACUUUUGAAGUUGGAAUCUGCAGCAGAGUCAGCUGCUGACUCAUCACUCGCACCGCUCGACUCACAGCUAGCCUCCUUUUGAUUUCAUUAAAUAUGUCUUCUUUGACAUCUUUUUCCAGUUUAUUCCUGUUUCAUCACAAUUUCAGAUUUAGUCUGGAGUAUAGCCACCUUCCUCAACCACUAUUUUCCAAUCUAUCUUCACUUUUUCCGCUGUAGGUGUAUCGGCUGAGACAUGCAGCGUAAUUCAGUCUCUUGAUGAAGCUGUGAAACCAGCCUUGGCUAGCUGUGAAUUUACAUUCACUUGCUGGCUUUCCUUCUUGCUGAAGCAGACGUUUCUGUAUUUCCAUUGCUUCAUUCUUUAUCAUUGGAACUGAUAUAGCAACUUUACUGCAUUGCAUGUUUUCAAGAGCUGAAUCAGAAAGACUGUGCGGGCGAGCGUGAAUGCGUGAGUGAGCAGCCACGGUGGCGCCUCUGAUGAGCAAAUAACGCAUUUGUUUGCCAUGGCGGUACAUUUGAAAUAUUUCUUGUCCGAUUUCCCUCAUGAAAUAAAUAGAUUUAUCGCUAUAUAAUGGAAAAUGUCGAUAAUUUUGGUAGUCGCGAUAUAAAAAAAUCUUUAUAAAAAAUCGCUAUAUAUCCCGACCCUACUGUACAUAUUUGUCACAAUUAUGGUUUUUGUGUAUGUUUGUGAACACAGUGUGGUAGUAUUCAUGUGUGAUAGUGCAUUGUAUGACAGCUCAAAAGUUGAACCAUUUGCUUGGCACCACAAAUAAACGUACUGUACUUUUCAAAUUGUCCUCCACUUUCCAUACAUUUUUUUUUCCUCCAGAUAUGCGACCUUAGCCAAGAAGGUGUAAUAAGAAUUUUUUCGUGAGUAAUUCAAAUGCUGUGUAUAGCCUAUUUGAAUUCUCUUACUAGUCCCUUUCAAACCUUGUUGAUAUUUUUUGGCCCAUUUUACGAACAGUUUAUACAGUACGGGUACAUAAAUUUGUAUCUUUGGGCUGGGAUUAUACAAGGUUUUUGACUAUUCCUUGGACCAGUGCACUGAAGCAAACGGGAGGAAAACAAGUAGUUGCAGCUGAUGUUUGGUAAUUAUGCUUGCAUUUUAUAUUUUGAAUGAAAUGUGGAUUUUAAUAAUGUUUUUGUGAAAUAUGACCUCAAAUAGUUUUAUAAUCAGUGGAUAGUGCAAUUUGUGGAUUGUUCUUCUGUAUGGUGUGUACUUCUUUACACUUUCUGGUAUUUAAUAUAUAUCCUCCAUCAUUUUACCAUUUGCUGUACAGUACAGUGGGAAAGGCAUGGCAGAUGUAAAUAUCUUUUAUUUCCCUUAUUAGAGCACAUGCCAACUGAAAUUCAGAGUUGUUUAAAUAGAGGACUAGUUCUUGUUAGGCUUAUUAUCGUGUGUUGGUAGAGCCAAAAUUUUUAGUGUAAAGUAUUUCAAUAUAUUUCCAGUGUUUUGAAGCACAUUUCACUGGGUGUUGCUGGAUUGCCUGACUGUUGUUCACACACACAUAUAAGAUCAUAGGGUCAUUACUGAAAAUCUUAUUGUCAUAUACAGUAUUCAGAUAUUCUCCGUUUUCUAAUUGUCUGUAUGGGGAUAGCAAAAUGAAUGUGUCUUAAGAUGCUACAUUUAAACUAUAAAAAAAAAUUGUACAGUAUUCCUCAUUAUUGAUAAUGUAUUUGUUUAAUAUGGUAAUUCCUCUCAUAAUGUAAAUAUGAGAUUUUAACACAAUAUUAUUGUAUGCUGUGUAUCUACCCAACAAUUUGUCUCCCAUUAUCCAACACGGUAACUUUUACAUAGUUUCCUGUGUCAGUCUGUCUUUACACAUCUCCAGAUCCCUCCUUAUUUACACCCCUACCUCCUCUGUUUAGUGAAUAGGGGUCUUUUGUUUUUACCCUAGCACCUGGAUUGGCUUCUCUGUCAACAUACACUUAUCCAAAUUUUUUUAGCAAAUUUAAUCAGUUUAAGUUCCCUCCUGAGAACUAAUGUUUAAUGGUAUGACAUAGUAAGAGAAUUAGCCACAACUGGACAAGCUUUCCUGUUUAUCCAGCAACUUGUAAUCUUCCACUUACUUCACACACACAUACUGUAUACUGUAGUCUUUCAUUGAUUUUAUAUCCAUUAUUCAUGUACACUGUGCAGUAGAGUCUCACCAUCUUAACUUUCCAUCAUGUCCAUUUACAGUCUGUACAGAAGUUUGCUUGUGUUUCAUCCCCAUUCACAUAGCUGGGUUGAACUAUGCCUCAAAGUGAACUCCUUCACACUUGCAAGCUCACAUCUUUACCUUUCAAUAAUUCUUUAAAUCUCCAGCAUAGCUCUAUCUGGAUACGUGAUUCAUGAUUUUUGGCAACAUAUGUAACAGACACAGUUAUUAUUAACUGGUUUGAAGACAGGGAAUAUUUUUUCAGAAGGUAGAAUGAAAAAAGAUGAUUUUAAAAGGAAGUUGAAAAUGAUUGUCUCUCAUCAUCAUGUUUGCUAAUAUAAUGAUAGAUACUUUAUGCAGCUGUGUGUAAUGAACAUGGUAAUGAUUCAUAUUUAAUAUUAUGUGGAUUAACAAUGAUCCAUGCUCAUGAUUGUGUAGAUCAUUGAUGAUUCUUCAAAUUAAUGUUAUGCUAGUCUUUAUCUCUGGUGCUUUACUCUCGUGGGGAGCUUCCAUCUGAAAGGAUUUCUUGCCAGAAGAGCCUCAAAGUAACUCAAUCAGUAUAUUUCUUUUGCCCUCUUUACUCCUUCCAUUGUUCUCUCCUUGAAGCACUGCCCUAAUUCUCCUUUUCAUAAUGUAGGUUUUCUUCCUUUUCCCUUCAUACUUGGUACCAUUAUUCCUUCUUUACGCCCUAUUCUCAAGCAUGUUCCUCACGUGUGCCUACUACUUCAGAAUGCGUCUCACAGUCCACUACUUUCACACUUUCGGCCAUUCUGAACCUCUAAUACUUUUCUUGUCAUGCCAAACAUUCUGUUAACACUAGAUGUAGCCCUCAGGUAAUUUUAUUCUGCUGCUUGUCCCUGUCUCUACCAGUUGGCCAGUUAAGAAUGACUAAACCGUAUCUUACACUCUUUCCCCAAGUGACAUUUCCCAUAUUUACCGUCACCCUCUUGUAGUGUAUUAUCCUCCACUUGGUUGUACUUGAACCCCUUGUAUAUAGUACAGUAACAGUAUCAUUCUCAAAUAUUAGACAUUUUUUUGACUUCCUCCUCCAAUAAUUUAUUCAUUACAUAUUUAUAUAUUUUUGUUUCCUUUACCUCCAUAAAUCCUCUUUACCUCCCACAGUGCUUCCUAGUCCAUCAUAUCAUAUACUGUACCUUCUCCAAAAGUAUAUAUACAGUAAAUGUUACAUAGUUCUAAUUUUUUCUUGUGUACUGUACUACUGUAUUUCUUUGCGAGAUGUUUUGCUGUAAAUAUUUUAUGUAAACAUCUUUCUUCUCUGAUUCCUUCUUGUUCCUCAGAUUGAGUGUGUUAUCUAGUAUGCAUAAUUGGUAUUUGUUAUUUAUUUCUUGCCAGAUUAAAUUAUUUAAUGAUCACCCUACCUUAUGGAUCUCAUAGAAUUUUAGUCCCUGGGUCUUACCAUGGUUUAAAUGUAUUUGAUGUUACUGGUGUAUUUUUUCCAGAGCUUAGCAUUACUACUUCAUCAUGUACAGUAUCAAGUUUUUUUCUAUGUCUGAGUAUGUAAGAGCAUAAGACAAACAGUUUUGUCCAUAGCAAUAAUACAAACAGGAACUGAAGCAUAUUUCAAGACAUUACAACCACAUCUUGAUGGAAUAUUUAUAUAUCGCAUAAUAAAUUUAUGAGCUAGAUGUGAAGUUGAAGCUAAUUUAUAGCCUUUACUAAGUAUGGAGAUGGAAGUGAAAUUAACUUUGAGUAAAAUAAAAAGAAAGAGAUAAGAAUGUAGGUAAGCAGGUAAAGUGGACGACGAGAGUGAAGAGCAUAGGUGUUACAGUAGGUAGUACAGUAGUGAUGUAUAAACAGAUGUCAUUAAUUACAGUGUGAAGGAGACUAAAUUCCAAAUGACAUUAAAGAUGACAGAUUAAUCGUUUUUGCUUGUGUAUAUUUGAUAAGAUGUAUAAUAUGGAAUAAUAUUCUUAGGUACUGUCUGUACAAAGACGUGUGAUACUUUCCUUUUCUCUGGUAUACUAGUUUGAUGAACAAGAGAGCUAAAGAACACUAAUAUUGCUCCCUUGUAUGUGGUCUUCAUAUCAAAAUCCAUAGGGGCUAUGUAGCGGCACAUUUAUCCAGGAUUUGCACAGUAUUUUUAAACUUUAUCUUCCUCACAGUAAAUAUAAUUUCAGUGAACUUUAGAGGGAGGAAUCCCUUAAGGUCUGUUGUAGAGUUGUCGGUUCUUAUGCAAGUAAUCAUUCAGUAUAGUUACCAUGGAGGGCAUCUUGAAAAGGUCCUAAUUGCUGCAUCUACACUGUUGGCCUGAUUCAGUAAUUGUGAAAUGUUACUGGAAGGUUCUGAAGGUUAACAUAAAGCACAAUUCAUAUACAUUAAUGUUGUCCUCCCAGUACAGGACCAGUAGAGCAUCAGUCCUAACCUGAAACACUUGAUUCUUUAAAGGAUGUAGACUAAUAAUUUGCAUUAAAAGUGACACCCUGAGUCCACACACCCAGAUACCUAUCUUCCUUCCUUGAGCUAGGAGUGGAAUUAUUAGGGGAGAUUAUAUUCUGAGCUUGUUAUUGGGGGGGGGGGGAUGACACAUACUCUUCAUCUUCAUACAUGCUGUAAAUAUAUUGAAUCACUCAUAUUGAUUUGAAGAAAUUCAUAUCUUUAUGUUAGCUAUUUUUAGUUUGAGUAAUUCUCAGAGAUUAUUAGUUAAUAUAAUGAGGGUGUUGUGAUAUUUAAUAAUUAAUGAACAAAAUUAUAAUGCAAGUCUAGCAGUAAUUUCUUGUGUGUACAGCAAUUAUGUAUGACAGAAUCAUAACCCACAGCAGUUGUUGAUGAAAGAGUAUUAUGCUGUUCUAGUAACUCUUUCGUUUUUAUUAAUAACAUGCUGCAUGAUACACACAAGUGUUAUGAAUGCUGAAAACUGUGUACGUGUGUCCAAGUGAACAUUUUUGUUAUCUGGGUCUUGCAACUUGUCAGUAUAAGCAUUUUUGUGUAGAAAUUUACAGUGUUGAUUGUUAAUGCUUUAUUUUGGAUCUGUUGCUUGUUUUUGUUUGUUGUAUGAGGCAGCUUGAGUAGCCAAACUUUUUGUUUACUUGAUCAGUGCCAUUUUGAAAGUAUCGAUUACUCAUUGCAUAUUUAGGUAUAUAAUGUCAGUGUUACAUUGCAUGAAGAAUGGCUCUUCUAUAUUUACUCACUAACUUAGAGAAUUCUCAUUGAAAUGAAUAAUCCAAGUACAUGUACUGUACAUUGCAUUACAUCAAAGUUAUCUACUUAUUAAUUUUAUUUUAAAACACUUAUGUCUGGCUAAAUUUGGUACAUAGUGUUGAGUUAACUUAGUUUGGACAUUAAAUUUCUUAUUUUCUCAAUGCUAGUUUAUUUAUACUACUUAAAUGUUAAAAAGUUUAGUACUGUACAUUUUAAGUUUUAUCACAUUUUUUUUAUUAAUUAAUUUUGUAAAAUAAUUUUCUUAAGGUGGGUUCAGUUGCUAGUACUGUAUUUAUAGUAAACUGGAAAUUAAAGGUGUUAUCUGCAUGUAAAAAAAUUUAGAUUUGAAGAAAAGGAUCAAGACUGUUUAAACAAUGUAAUUAAAAGCAGGUUAGAGGAACAUGCACUUCAGGAGUAUCUUGGGAGAUUUUAAAUGCAUUAAGUAAGGUCACUGCUCAUUUAAAGUAUACUGUAGUUACAUGAUACUGUACAUACUGUAUUCUAUGAAGUAUGAAUCUCAGCAAGGCUUUGUCAAUUUUUGGGGCUCUACUUUUAUCCUAAGAUCUUUACAGCUUGUACACAGAUGUAAUAUUGAAGGUUAUCUGUACUGUCCCCCUUCUUACACUUGAGUGGCAUUGAUCAGAUAAGAAGAGUUAGUUUAGAACCACAGCCUGACAGGGAGACUAGGUCAGAGCACACCAAAUAUGUUUGGCCAUGGGUCUCCUGGUUUAGAUGUCCCAAGUGUUUCCAAUACUUAAUGGUAUUAACAUGGUACAGUAAUUGUAAGUAAUUGUCAGCUUCAUUGAUCUUUGUCUAGCAUGACUAAAGUGCAGUUCAUAACCACAAGAAAAUACUUGGCAGGUUUUCAGGAAAGUUUUGUCUCACUGCAUGUAUAGAGGGAAUUCUGAUACAGUACCGACGUUAGUGAUUGCACUGUCUACUGACAAAAUUUUCGUUUGUAAUUCCCUUUAAAAUGGGUGGCAUGCUUAAAAGUGAGAGUUUUGUGGUUCCAAGAAGAAAAAGAGACACCCAUUGUAGAUUUUCUAUGUAUUAUCUUUGCAUUUUCGACUUACGACCUGGAUUUGGGUCCCUAACCCUGUCAUAAGUCGAGCUGCUGUAUUUGAAAAUGGAAUGUACAGUACAGUAUUGUAUUGAUAUAUCCCAUGCAAGUAAAACCCCAUUCUUUUUCACUUUGCAAAGAAUGUUUAAACUUCAAGUUCAUUUCACAUGCAGGUUUUGCAUUAGAUAAAUCUAUUUGUAUAUGCUGCAUGCAGGUAGUUGUUGCUGGCAGCAUAAAAAACUGACAUUUGUGUAGAGUAUAACUACGCAAUUUAUUAAAAACAAUAAUUGUACAGAAUUGUAAUGUCUUCUGAUCCAAAAUUGCUCUGGCAUGCACAUUAAUUAUUAUGACUAAGCAUUUGGUUACAUAUUAUGUAUAUGAUUCUGUAUUACUGUACUGCAAUAUAAAUACAGUAUGUAUACUGUUUAUCUGUGUGUGUGUAUUAAUUCCCAGUCAGUAACAUGAGUUUGUGAAUCACUGGGAAUCUGAGGAUUGGUUGCAAUCUUUGUAAUACCUGUACAAUGCAAAUUAAGGGCAGGGGAAACAGGAUAACUGCUUAGGGCUCCAAGAUUUUAAAAAUAAAAAUGAAUUAGAUAAAGAUAUACGGUAGUAAAACAAGUACAGGUAACUUUUUUUUUUUUUUUUUUUUACCUGCUGGUUAAAACUUUAUCAAAUCUGAAGGAAUUGCAUGAUGACCUUUUGGGAAUGUUGUUUUAUUGGCAACAUUACUACAGGAGCUCCCAGAUUGUAUUGAGCAAGCAGGUAAUGCAGGCAGCUAUGUCUCAGUUUCUCCAGACAACCUUAUGUUUAAUAGAAAUGUGUUGUGAAUAUUUCAGAUUUUGCCAGAGCAAUUUUUCUGGAUUUUUUUGUAAAUGGUAUAGUGUCAGCUAUUGAAUCCAUUCUUUUGUUACUACAUACAGUACAUGGUGUUAAAGAGUCAGGUGAUGCAAGAAUGCUAUUGUAUUGAAACUUGAUUAGUUUAUAAUUUUUGAGAGAAGAAUACCCAUAAUUUUAUGUCCAGUCAUGCCAGGCACACCUAAUGAAGUUUUCACCCCGGAAAAACACCAGUGCCCUUAAAAGUUAGGAGUGUAAAUAUUAUAGAAGCUCUAAUAUAUAUAUACAGUAAAUGGAAUUGUGCUUAAAAACACUUGACAAUAAAAUGAGCUGCAUCCAUGUGUUAUUGUUAUCUUCACUAAGCUAUGUACUGUAAAAUGCAGCUUUUUAUGUUCUAAUUGUGCUCAUUAUUGUGAAUAUCCUCUGUUGAAUAAUACAGUAAUUUACUUAUUUUUGUAAACAGCAUUUCAUACAAUUUAAUAAGGGAGUAUUUGUGAUAUGAACUUUUGAUAAUAUUUUAUGGAUUGUUAACACUCCUGAAUAAUGCCUACAUGCUGUGGUCAUUUGUGUAAGAUUUAUUUAGAUUUUGACCAGCAGGACUGAUAGUUUGAUAGUUUUUGUACUACUUAAUGGUUUUGAUGUAGAGUAGAUAAUAUGGUAAUUGUAGGUCAUGUUUAUCCAGUAAUGAGAAAUUAUAGCUAAUUACAAGAGUUUGUAAGUGAUGUCACGUGGCACAUGUGUUUGGAAUAAUGUUUUUUAAAAGUUAUAUAAAGGAUAAUGUAACGUCAAGUGUACAGUAUACAGGACUCUGCACUCUAGAAAGUUUUGAUGAUUGUCAUUUUCAGAAAAGUAACAAAGAUGAGAUCUAGUGAAUUUUUGCUGAUAUCACCUUAUACCAUACCCUAGGUGUUGAAGCUACAAGUAAUGCUUUCAUAUAUUCUUUCCAUAAUUGUAUAUCCCUGUUCAUAUAAUUGUGAGGCAAGUACUGUAGUCAUAUCAUAAGAUAGAUAUGUGUACUACAGUUUUAGUGACAACAUUAGUUUCAUGGCUUGACAGUACAGUACCAAUGAAAUUAUUGGAAAUUUUAUGUUGUUCAAUUGAAAAGUAAGAUAUUGAACUUUACUAACGUUUUUUAUGGUUCAUUUGUCCAGUUGCUACUUAACCAUAUUGAAAUUAUUGUAGGUAGUGUAAUGCUUUUCACAACAUAAAUUAUCCAUAAAGAAAAAUUAAAUUAUUAACAUACAGGUAUCUUAAGGCAGUAUUUAUGUACUACUCUGGGAUAAAAACAUUCUCUUUACUGACUUUGAUUACAAAUUAUGAAUUUAAGUUCAUUUAGGUUCUGAAGCGUGACAAUGUCUCAUAGUGGUAAUAUCAGUUGGGCUAACAGUACUUAUCAGACAAAAUUUGUAUAAACUAUAAAGCAAAGAAAAUCAUUUAAGUAUGGUAUCUUACUCACCAAAUACCAUACAACACACUGUACAGUACAGGAGUUGAAGGGUUUAAAGUCAUAAUUUGUAUUCCUUCUAGAGAUCACUAUAGAUCUUCUGUAAAUGUGGACCAAAGUGAGAUGUUGCCAUCACUCCACUAUCCUGAUACAGUACAGUAUUCUGUGAUGAUUAAGUUCCAUUUGAUACAAUUAAAUGUUUCCUGGUA